CCAGUCACCGAGACAUGACUGCCCAUGACAGCUCUGCAGUCGCCUGAUUUUUCACCGCAGAACGCCUCUUGUUGGAUCAGUAUAUUUGUGUUUUUUGCCCUGCUGAGCAAAUAACUGACAGGGAUUUUGCAGAGGAAUUCCGUGCAUCCUGGAAGGCCUGUGACAUGGCACACAUCCAGAAGGUGCAGCAGAAGAAGACAAGCACCAUGUCUCUGACCAUCUCCUCGUCCUCGACUGCGUCUGCGUCUCGAGAGUUUUCCAGCUCUAAAAGCUCUGCCUCCUCCUCUUCAUCUCUGAUCGCUCAGAGACACUCCAGCCUGGUCCAGCCACUGUGCGUCAGCCCUCAGAGCAUGCAAAGUCCCCUCUGCCAUCAACAGUACGCUGGAAAUGGUGCGGCCCCAUCUUUUGUGAAGUGUCUCCAUGACAUGACUACAGCGAAGGGUCAACUGGUGGUCCUGGAAUGCCGGCUCCGCGGGACUCCACCACUUCAAGUCAUGUGGUACCGAGAGGAUGAACAGAUAGUGGACUCUGACGACUUCAGGAUACUCCGUAAAAAAACCAACUCUGGCACGGCACCAGAGGAGCUGUGCACGCUGGUGAUCACUGAAGCUUUUCCAGAAGAUUCCGGCCUCUUCAAAUGCAUGGCCUUAAACUCUUUUGGCACAGUCUCCUGCUCCGCAAUGCUGGAGGUCUUCGAUGAUUUGGAGGAGCAGCACCACGUGACGGCCGUUCGUCACCAGGAUUUAUACUCCGUUAGACAAGAGAAGGAAGCGUUGACGGUCCAGGAGUCUUCAUCCAUUCACCCUUCUCCUGAGGAAUUCCCGACUUUUUCGCCAGACUCCACAACGAUCGCCUCACCAGAGUGGCCCGACAACCCCCCGGAGGAAGACAUAUCAAAUUUUGAUUUACCGGACCCCCAUCUAGACAAUCACCUGCCUGCUGGGUAUUUUGGUGGCAGCGAAGAGGUCCAUACCGGUACACCAAGCCCUCCCCCACCUCCGUCAGUUGAAAUCCAGCAGAGGACAAACCAAACAGCCAAGUUGUUCACUCCCAGCAAGCUCAAUUUCUCUUCCUCUCAUUCAGGAAGCAACAACAUGAACCUGUCAGACCUGCCUACCUUCACCCCUAGUGCCUUCCCUCCAAGUGCCUUCAACUAUGAGAGACCAAGACACUUUAUUCAGUCCCAAGCAGCCUUCCAGGCGCCCAGCUAUGAGAGUGUGAUGAGGGACGCCCAGGAGAACCAGUCCAACUCUGAAGUGAUGGUCAACAGUGAUCAGGAGACUUCAAGUGUCAUGGACACCAAGGAUCUCAGUAAAAUGACCAUGUCCAAGCAAUGUCGUUCAGUGUCAGCUUCUGUGACUCAGACUCAGUCGCAGUUUCAGUCUUUGAAUCUGAAUCAGCAUCAGACCCACAUUCAAGCCAAUGGGAUGAGCAAGUCGUCUCCCUCUUCUUCGAGUGUCAGCUCCCCGAUUUCGACCCCUGCCUCAUCUGCUGCUCCUCCGUCAUUCGCCCUCCCAUUGACAAGUUCCUCCACAGUUACUUUAGCGUCGACCCCACGCACAACAAUGCGAUCCACCAUCACACUCAACCCUUCCCCCAGCAUCCCGAGUGCCAUGGGCCUUGGCAGUGCCACUCUUCCUGCCAACCAGGACACCAUGUCUGCGCCGGCUGCUUACCUUUGUUCAGUUUUGCCUUCCCAGUCCCCUUUUCCUCUUUACAACAAACCUGGCCCGACCCAUCAUAACUCCAACACAUCCUUGCUUGGACCAUCCAGCCCUCUGCUUCCUACCAGAGCCCUCUCCUCUCCGUCAUCUUUCCCAAAGCCUCUCCCAGUGUCCCCAACCCUCCCUCGCUCACCCGUCUCCCCAGCACCACCUUCCCCUCUUCCAGAGCCGAACAUCGCCAACAGUCCGAACAGAGUCCCACCCGCUGUGGUCUCCCUGCCUGCCAACCUUAAAGGAACACCAAGCAUUCUGCCCAAACCAAUCCUGAAGAAAUCUGUGGCUCCCCGACCAUCCUCCUCUCGCUCCACAGAAGAGGAGAUCCAGGGUUCCAAGGAUGCCCUGAUCCAGGACCUGGAGAAAAAGCUUCGCUCCAAAGAGGCCAGAAGGAGGAGUGGCCAGAAACUCUCGUACGAGGAGCGAAUGGCUCGCAGGCUGCUGGGUCCAGAUAGUGCCACCUGCAUGUUCGACCAAGACAACCUUCCCGACUUGCUAACAGACCAGGACUGCGCAGUCGGACGGCACACUGGGGGACUCUGGGGGCGCCACCACUCUGGAGUGGAUGAGCGGGGGAAUGAAGGUGCCGACAUCCAGGAGAAGUGUUACGCUCCUCGCUUCCUGCAGGUCCCACCUGACCUGACCGUGGAAGAAGGGCGCUUCUGCAGGAUUGACUUUAAGGUUGGAGGCCUUCCGGCGCCUGACGUGUGCUGGUACUUGGACAACAAAGCCAUCCGUCCAGACGACUACCACAAGAUGUUAGUGUGUGAGAAGGGAAUGCACUCAUUUCUCAUCGAGAUUGUUACGGUUCACCACGCUGGCGUGUACGAGUGCGUCGCCCGGAACCGUGCCGGAGAGGCAAGGUUCACCAUGAGGCUGGAUGUGAUCGCCCAGGAGGCCCUGCGCCCUCCCACCUUUGUUCAGAAAAUGUCCAACUCUAGAGUGCUAGAGGGCGACACCGUCCGAUUAGAGUGUCAGGUGGACGCAUCACCUCCACCGCAGCUCUUCUGGAAGAAGGAUAAAGACAUGCUUCGCAUUGAUCCGCACAGAAUGAGUCUGUAUCAGGACGGCUCCGGUCACCAGUGUCUGCUCAUCGAGAGAGUGACCAAGUCUGACGCGGGCUGGUAUACUCUGUCUGCCAUCAACGAGGCCGGCAUGUCCACCUGCAACGCACGACUGGAUAUCAGCUCACGUGCCGCUCCUGUCAUGAAAACUGCGCCUCCUGGUUCAAAGUCUCUGAAGCUGCUGUCUGCGAACCGUGUCUCCGACCCCACGGAAUCCUCUGCCCACCACACGGCUCCCCUCUACGAGAGCGAAGAGCUGUAGAAUUGUUGAGAACUGUGAAGACGAGGUGAACAUCUUAUGCCGCAUGUUUCUAUGAGUGGAUGGGUGCUGAUGGGGAACGGCCACAGCAGCUGUCUCUAGUUGUUGGGUUUGAAGUCUAAAAUCUGCUGCGUCCAUGAGGGCUAAUUUUGGAGGGGAAUUGCAAUGAUAACUUUACGUCUUUUAUGUAUUUCAAUUGGUUUGCCUGAAGUAGUCACUAGGACAAAUAGCCGCUGGUUUCUACAUAUAACUUGACACAUCAGAACAGAAGCCCAUUCUCAGGGUCACAUCUGCAGUGCAGAUAUCAACAGUGAAGCGUUUUCAAAUAGCACAAAUUGACAGAAACUAUAUUUAUUGAUUGUUCAGCCUGCUGACUGGUGCUGCUGCUCGCUGAUCACCUGAGAAUAAACCUGUCGAAUGAGGAAAACUGUCGCUUCACUGUGCUGCCUUGUUUUUCACUGGAGCUGCUGGAUCACCUGUGAGACACAGACUGACUGACACUGCCGCCAUGAACACAUACGACUCAGUUCAAGCACAAACGUGGACUCUUUGGUGUCACCCCCACCCUUAUAUGCAGAUCAGCAUUUCUAGUCUCAAGAAAGCACAUGACGUCCAAACAAGCAUAAAUAUAAUAUAUACAGAUGUCUGACGCUGCAGUUAGUCCAGAGUGAAAAAUGUUUGUUGUGCAACAUGAACUUAUCAGGAUGAGUGCGAAUUAAAGUUGAUCUGACUUUCA